UUGAAUUUGUUUUCUUUUCAUAAAGUAAACAAAUGACCCUUGGGCAGUGUCGUCUGCAGGGCUCUAGCAGUUACUGCUGCUGUCUGUUGUUUGCUCGGGCUGACUCGGAACAGUGACGCUUCCUUCUCAGCUGGGAUAUUUUUGUCUAGAACCAUUGCGGGUUCACAAUGAGCCAAGCGCUGACCGUCCGAGUUUCCUUGUCUCACUCAGCCUAGACUGUGUGUAUCCACAAGGUUCCGGCGAGAGCCCACAGGUGCAUUAUUUCUCUCUGCUUUUGUUUGUGAGGAAGGGGGAGGCCUCAGAGCCCAUGACGGGCAGGCUCGGUAGUCUUACAAGUGCAUGCUUGGGAAUUCCGUACAGUGUUUUUGUAAGAAGACAAAGCUGCUUAGCCCCAGACAUGAGGAGAACCAGUUGCAUAGGGCAUGGAGCUGGAGGACUAUGAACAGCCCGUGGUUCUAAGAGAAGACAACCUCCGCAGGCGCCGGAGGAUGAAGCCGCGCAGCGCAGUAGGCAGCCUGUCUUCCAUGGAGCUCAUUCCCAUUGAGUUUGUACUGCCGACGAGCCAGCGCAUCAGCAAGACUCCAGAAACAGCGCUGCUGCACGUGGCUGGCCACGGCAAUGUGGAGCAGAUGAAAGCUCAGGUGUGGCUGCGUGCACUGGAGACCAGUGUGUCCGCGGAAUUCUACCACCGCUUGAGCCCGGACCACUUCCUUCUGCUCUACCAGAAGAAGGGACAAUGGUAUGAGAUCUACGACAGGUACCAGGUAGUGCAGACCCUAGACUGCCUGCGCUACUGGAAGAUGAUGCACAAGAGCCCUGGCCAGAUCCACGUGGUACAGCGACACGCACCUUCCGAGGAGACCCUGGCUUUCCAGAAGCAGCUCAACUCCCUGAUUGGCUACGACGUCACUGACAUUAGUAACGUGCACGAUGACGAGUUGGAGUUCACCCGCCGCCGUCUGGUCACACCCCGCAUGGCUGAGGUGGCUGGCCGGGAUGCCAAACUCUACGCCAUGCACCCUUGGGUGACAUCCAAACCUCUCCCAGACUACCUGUCAAAAAAGAUUGCCAAUAAUUGCAUCUUCAUCGUCAUCCACCGCAGUACCACCAGUCAAACCAUCAAGGUCUCGGCAGAUGAUACUCCUGGCACCAUCCUUCAGAGCUUUUUCACCAAGAUGGCCAAGAAGAAGUCCCUAAUGAAUAUCCCAGAAAGUCAAAGUGAGCAGGAUUUUGUGCUGCGAGUCUGUGGCCGCGAUGAGUACUUAGUGGGUGAAACGCCCCUCAAAAACUUCCAGUGGGUGAGGCAGUGCCUCAAGAACGGAGAUGAAAUACACCUGGUCCUCGACACGCCUCCGGACCCAGCCCUAGACGAGGUGAGAAAGGAAGAAUGGCCACUCGUGGACGACUGCACUGGAGUCACCGGCUACCAUGAGCAGCUGACCAUCCAUGGCAAGGACCACGAGAGUGUGUUCACAGUGUCUUUGUGGGACUGUGACCGAAAGUUCAGAGUCAAGAUCAGAGGCAUUGAUAUCCCUGUCCUGCCUCGGAACAGCGACCUCACUGUGUUUGUAGAAGCUAACAUCCAGCACGGGCAACAGGUUCUUUGCCAAAGGAGAACCAGCCCUAAACCCUUCACCGAAGAGGUACUCUGGAAUGUGUGGCUGGAGUUUGGCAUCAAAAUCAAAGACUUGCCCAAAGGCGCCCUAUUGAACCUCCAGAUCUACUGCUGCAAAACUCCAGGACUGUCCAGCAAGGCUUCUGCAGAGACGCCAGGCUCCGAGUCCAAGGGCAAAACCCAACUUCUCUAUUAUGUGAACUUACUGUUAAUAGACCACCGGUUCCUCCUCCGUCACGGGGACUAUGUGCUCCACAUGUGGCAGAUAUCUGGGAAGGCCGAAGAGCAGGGCAGUUUCAAUGCUGACAAGCUCACAUCAGCAACCAAUCCUGACAAGGAAAACUCAAUGUCCAUCUCUAUCCUCCUGGACAACUAUUGUCACCCCAUAGCCCUGCCUAAACAUCGACCCACCCCAGACCCAGAAGGAGACAGGGUUCGAGCUGAAAUGCCCAAUCAGCUUCGAAAGCAGCUGGAGGCCAUCAUAGCCACAGAUCCACUUAACCCGCUCACAGCGGAGGACAAAGAAUUGCUCUGGCAUUUCAGAUACGAAAGCCUGAAGCAUCCGAAAGCCUAUCCUAAGCUAUUCAGCUCAGUGAAAUGGGGACAGCAAGAAAUUGUCGCCAAGACGUACCAGCUGUUAGCCAGAAGGGAGAUCUGGGAUCAAAGUGCCUUGGACGUUGGCUUAACCAUGCAGCUCCUGGACUGCAACUUUUCUGAUGAGAACGUAAGAGCCAUUGCAGUCCAGAAACUGGAGAGCUUGGAGGAUGAUGACGUGUCUCAUUACCUUCUCCAGCUGGUGCAGGCUGUGAAAUUUGAGCCAUACCAUGACAGCGCGCUGGCCAGAUUCCUGCUGAAGCGUGCCUUGAGAAACAAAAGAAUCGGUCACUUCUUGUUCUGGUUCUUGCGAAGUGAGAUAGCCCAGUCCAGACACUACCAGCAGAGGUUCGCUGUGAUCCUGGAAGCAUACCUGAGGGGCUGCGGCUCGGCCAUGCUGCAGGACUUCACACAGCAGGUCCAGGUGAUCGAGAUGUUACAGAAAGUCACCAUUGAUAUUAAAUCUCUCUCUGCUGAGAAGUAUGACGUCAGUUCCCAAGUUAUUUCACAGCUUAAGCAAAAGCUUGAGAACCUGCAGAAUUCCAAUCUCCCCAAGAGCUUUAGAGUUCCCUAUGAUCCUGGACUGAAAGCAGGUGCCCUGGUGAUUGAAAAGUGUAAAGUGAUGGCCUCCAAGAAAAAGCCCCUGUGGCUUGAGUUUAAAUGUGCUGAUCCUACAGUCCUAUCCAAUGAAACCAUUGGAAUCAUCUUUAAACACGGUGAUGAUCUGCGCCAAGACAUGUUGAUCUUACAGAUUCUACGCAUCAUGGAGUCCAUUUGGGAGACGGAGUCUCUGGACCUGUGCCUUCUGCCAUAUGGUUGCAUCUCAACUGGUGACAAGAUAGGAAUGAUUGAGAUUGUGAAGGAUGCUACAACCAUUGCUCAGAUUCAGCAAAGCACCGUGGGUAACACGGGAGCGUUCAAGGAUGAAGUCCUGAACCAUUGGCUCAAGGAAAAAUGCCCUAUUGAAGAAAAGUUUCAGGCAGCAGUCGAGAGGUUUGUUUACUCCUGUGCAGGCUACUGCGUGGCCACGUUUGUUCUUGGAAUAGGUGACAGGCACAACGACAACAUUAUGAUCUCAGAAACAGGGAACCUAUUUCACAUAGACUUUGGACACAUUCUUGGGAAUUACAAGAGUUUCCUGGGCAUUAAUAAAGAAAGAGUGCCAUUUGUCCUAACCCCAGACUUCCUGUUUGUGAUGGGGACUUCUGGAAAAAAGACAAGCCCACACUUCCAGAAAUUUCAGGACGUCUGUGUUAGGGCUUAUCUGGCUCUGCGCCACCACACGAACCUGCUCAUCAUCCUGUUCUCCAUGAUGCUGAUGACAGGAAUGCCCCAGCUAACGAGCAAAGAAGACAUUGAGUAUAUCCGGGAUGCCCUCACAGUGGGGAAGAGCGAGGAGGAUGCUAAGAAGUACUUCCUUGACCAGAUUGAAGUUUGCAGAGACAAAGGAUGGACUGUGCAGUUUAACUGGUUCCUACAUCUUGUUCUUGGCAUCAAACAAGGGGAGAAGCACUCCGCUUAAUAUUUGGUGAGAGAGCCAAAAGCAAUUUCACGUUCUAACACUUUUUAAUCAGCGUGUCAGUCAUCAGAGUUAGAUUUAAAAUGCAGUAGGACUCUCACUGAACACUGAACUUCAGAAAUACAGCUCUUUCCCCAGCUGAA